AUGUCUGUAAUGCCCCCCAACUAUAUCCUUCCGCCGGAGAUUCUGAACGAAAUAUUCCUUCUGGCUCUUCCGCACGCAAAAAGGGGAAAUUAUGACGCGUUACCGACAGAAGAUCACACUGCCGUUGCGGUCUCGCAAACCUGCAAAUUCUGGAGGCAAGUCGCACUCGAAAGCAGCGCCCUUUGGACGGAGAUAUACAUACAACUUCUCGUUAUCCAAAUGCCUCAAGGUGGCCAGGAUCGCGUGGUCACGUUUCCUCGACUGGAUGUGGUCGAUUUGUGGUUAGAACGGUCGAAGCAACGGCCAUUGACGAUCGUCGUAGAUGGUGCCUCUAGCGAUUGGCAACUGCCUGAACUCCUUUCUCGGCUACUGCGAGAAAUACAUAGAUGGAGGAACGUCGAUUUCCAGAUUGGAAACUUGGACAAGUGCGUUCUUGGAGCUCUCCAGGACCCCAUCUGCGCGCCCAAGCUGGAGGCAUUUUCCCUACGAACCAAUAUCAGCUUUGAAGGUUCAGACUUAGUAUCAGCUUUGCCGUUGGAAAUAUGGAACGAAUCCCCUCUGCUGCGACAGUUUACCCUCGUAGCCGGUGUUGUAAACAGCGACUCAGAAACUUAUUUCCUCAACUGGGCUAAAGCGGUGGUUUCGGGUAUACCGUGCAGUCGAUUAACCCAUUUGUGUAUUGGAGGACCUAUAGGCGGAAAGGAAAGGUUAAGCAUUUCCGAGGCGAUCUCCAUCUUGUCUAUGGCCAGCAACCUCAUCUCCUGCAUCCUCACAUCCGUCGCUAAUCACGACAACCCUGUCCGACCAAUUGUAAGGAAAGAAAAACUCAUACGUCUGGAGAACCUCGAGAAUCUGUCUAUCACAGCGAACCACCGCUUGGGCUUGCACUCGACGAAUGCAGCAAUCCUCGGACCGCUGCAAGUGUCACUUAUCCUGUGUUUUGUCUCGAUGCCGAACUUAAAAUCUUUGGUACUGGUGGACAAGCAGUUUUGGCUCGAUCCAAGCCUUGGACCGCUUGUCCGACGUUUUGGCUGCAAGCUCCAGGAAUUGGUCCUUCAUGUUCUCUGCGAAUCGCAUGAUGUCAUCGAAUUCCUGGUUGCGUCCCCUGAAUUAACUCAGUUGUGCGUAUGGAAUGCCGAAGACGUCUUUCUUUCCGAGCUUGUUAGGUUUGCCAAAGAGGAAUACCAGCUCGACCUCAGAAGGGAUCUAUGCAACAAACUAGAGAAGCUCGCCCUGGGAAAAGGCAUAUACAAUGCAGAGGUGCUUGCAAGUAUAGUGUUUGGCGAUACAAGAGUAUCUAGCAAGGAGCGAAAAGGUUGGCCUUUGCAAAGUUUGAUAAUACUAGACGAGCAUGCGGAGGAUUCUUCGGAGGGAGAGGAAGUGGUCUCGCAUAACUUAGACUUGGACUGGCUUGAUGGUCUCCAGCCAAAAAUCGAAGUCGACAUUAUACCUCUCAGCGACUACAUCGUGGAAUGGGUCAAUGAAUAUACGGGGAGAAGAUAG